CUAAGAUGAAGAUUACUCAAAUCCUCUUGGUUGCCAUGAUUUUGGCAAUUUACGUUACACCAUUCUGUAUGGCUAUUCGUAAUCAUCACCAACCAACUACUUUCCAACAAUUGAAGAAUGAAAUCCGUGAAAAUAUUUUGAAGGAUGAACAAUUGACUCAAAAGUUGUUGAAUUUCUCCGUCAAGCAAACUGGUGCCAAGGUUACCUUGCCAAAGGCUGGUUUCUCCUUGUGUCCAAUGUGUAUUCAAUUGUUGGAUCAAACUAUUAACCAAUUGUUGAACGUUAUCUUGAACUCUGGUGUUAUUGGAAGUUGUGGUGUCUUGUGCUCAUACUUGUCCAACUUUGGUUCCCUCACUAUUGCUGCCUGUAACUUGGUCUGUGAUUAUUUGGGUGUUGAAGAAUUCAUUAACUUGAUCAAGAAGGCUGAUUUGGAUGCUAUCUAUGGUUGUCAAUUAGUUGGUAUCUGUCCAGUUCACAACUGCAAGCUCCCAACUUGUGCUCAAUUCUUCAAUACUAGAGUUGUUCCACAAUCUGCUCCAAAGGGUACUACUUUCACUGCUGUUUCUCAAUUGAGAGUCUACAAUCAAACUGGUACUGGUGAACUUGCUUUCGAAGUUAAUGGUCCAGUCACUGGUGAUAUUUCUGGUGGAGAAUUGCUUGCUGAAGGUUUCCAACCAGGUACUUUUGAAAUUCAAAUCCAAAUCCAAGCUCAAGAUGAUCCAAACAACAACAUCUCUUGGGGAGUUGGUACUUACGAAUUUGUUGCUGCUGCUUGUGAAGGUGAAUGCGGUUCUAAGCAUCCAAACAGCAGAAUUUUGGCUGAAACUCAUGCCUUGUUCAAUGUUACUGCUUAAAUUUAAAUAGUAAAUAUAUUGAAUUUUUGAAA